CGCAAAGCAACAGAAAAUAUUUCCGUCCUGUGUGGAAAAGGAGAAGAGAUGACAACGAGGAGGACAACCAAGAUGACCCUCAUUCAAAGAGGAAUAGGAAGGACCAGGCCUUCCAGGACCCUCACGCUAUAGAGUCUGGAUUUUCCUGGCUGCACACAUUCCUCCUGGCUAUCGCCUAGUUAUUCCACAAGCCUCCACCUUCACUUUUCCUCCUGGACCCAGGGCUCAGUGUGGCCUCCGACUCUAGACACUCAUGGAUCCGCUGCAGAAAUGGGAUCCAAUGUCGAUUUCCAUGUCCUCCCGCAUGGCCACUGUGACAAGCUCCCAAGAGGCCUCAGCAGGCUCUCAGCCUUCCUCCUCAGAAAAGCUAAGUCUGGGCCUCAGUGGCUUGAGCCUCCGCCGUAGCUCUGGCUCUGUUGUCCCUGCUCCUCUGUCAGAGGGGCUGCUCCAGCAGCAGGCCCGUGAGAAGAAGGCCCUGUGGCAGCAGUACUGGGAAAAGCAGGGCUUCCCUCAGAGGAAGAAAGUCUUCCUGAGGCACUCAAGACGCUGGCACCGGGAUCACAUGGCACCUUACCUGCUUGAAAGGGCUGUCAAAGGCUCUCCCUCAAGCGAAAAAGCUCAGAAUCAGCUCCCAUGUCAGGACCAUGUUCCAAAUGAUGCUGGGAUGAGUGGAGAGAGGAACACGGCCCCCAACCCUCACUCCUGGGAAACGCUGGUGCAGGGCCUCAAUGGCCUCACCCUCAGCCUGGGAGCCAGCAGACCCAGCCCCCUGCCAGAGGGGACUGGGCAGCAGCUGGACCCAGAGCAGAUGCUCCCGGUGGACAGACAACAGGAAAGCGUGAAGAUGUUCCAGAGGAUGCUCAAGUAGAGGAUGGAAGAAGGCUGAGGAGCUGGCUCCCAGAGGAUGGAGAUGAAAACUGAUGCACAGAGUGCUGACGGCCAGCUCAGGGGCCGCACUCUCCUGAGGUCUAGGCAAUCAGUUGCCUUGGAUGAGUCCAAACACUUGUGCUAUGACUGAAUUUGUCCUAGAAAAGGGUUCAACUUUCCUCCUUAUGUCUUUUAGCAUGCCUUUUUUGGUGUUGUGGUGUGUGUUAGCCUAUACAAAAGAAAAGUGGGAAGCCGGGCGGUGGUAGGGCAUGCCUUUAAUCCCAGCACUCGGGAGGCCGAGGCAGGCGGAUCUCUGUGAGUUCGAGGCCAGCCUGGACUACAAGAGCUAGUUCCAAGACAGGAGCCAAAAGCUACGGAGAAACCCUGUCUCGAAAAAUAAAAACAAAACAAAACAAAAAAGAACAAAAGAAAAGUGGGAACCAGAGAUCCCUGAAUCUCCAUGUUGUGAUUCAUAUACAAAAAGUUGUCACUCAUUUUCCUGGGAAUAGAAUGCCUCCCACCUUCCUGUUAAAAAAACCAACAUCAUGUGUGUGUAUAUAUCUAUAUAUAUGUACAUAUGUAUAUAUAAGACAGAUGCAUAUCUUCUGUAUGCCUUCUUAAUGUCAGUUUAUUGAGUGCCCCCACAAAAGGAAUUACAGGUAUGAUAGGUAUGAUGAGAUCCAUGCUCUGGAUAGGAGAGACUCAUUGCCUUGCAGCGUUCAAAAUUUGACGUAAGGGAAUGCAAGCUUAAAGCAGGUACCUAAUGCAUUAUAUUGGAUAGAACAUCCAGUACUGCGAACCUACAAAGAAGAGAGAUUUCCUUUUAGCCAUACCAAAUGCUGGAUCGCUGGAAGAAUUUCCAAUGUGUUCACUCAAUUAUAUUUCUAGUAAUGUUGAUUUGGAAUUGCACACCUGUGUAUCACACCCCACCCCACACAUGUCUCUUCAUCUGAUUAAUACAUAAUUGAAGGACACCCAGGCAGUUCAGGAAAGGCAUAGUUUCAUGUAGAAGAGACAAGAAGCUAAACUGUGCAUGCUGGGGUCAGCAUGGUCAGGCUGGGAAGUGGGUAUGGAUUAUACUGCAGGAGGGUCCGGGUGGAAUCGUCAUAGUGCUAGACAUUGCUGAUCAAUAUUGUUAUCACCAGAAUUUGGUGAUAACUGGUGAAUGUGUGUGGGGACUGACUUCACAACUUUUCCAGUAAUGCCACUAUAAAUAUCCAUGACCUGCGUAUGCUCAUGUUAUAGGAUGGAAGCUGGGGAGGCCACUUUGCCCUCAAGUUUGCUGUUACUGGUCAAGAUCCAGCAGUGGCCAGUUUCUAUGUUUAUUAGUUAUUAGCUUAUUAUUGGGGGUCUGUACACUCUGUGUUUCUUAGUUGCUAAAAGUCUCUGAUGAUCCAAGCGAACAUCUGGGAGGGCAGAAUGUGAUCAGAGGAUCAGCCUUUCAGCUGCCUAUAUGCUACAUAGGUGGGGUGAGGUGAAUGUGGCAUUAUUCAAAUGAGGAUGUUGCUCAUUGCUCCAGGCUGCUGCCUAGCAACCACUCUGCAGCAACCAGUGUGUAGCUUUGGAAUGGUAGAGGAAGCUAUUGGAGGCCUGAAAACACAUCCCUACCAGCCAUUAUGGGGUGCCCUGGCAGUUUUGAGGGAAAAGACAUCCUGGCAGGGUAAAUCUUGUUCCUGGCCAUUUAACCCUGAGAGGCAGAGCCUGCUGUCUACUCGGAAACAAGGAGAGAAUCUGUGAGAUGUGUCACUUGCUUUACUGUUUGUCCUUCCUUCUCACAUGCCCUGUGACCUGCCCUCCCUGGACAGGGCACCUGUAUCUCUGUCUGAUCAGAGGGAUGUGUCAGGGUGUACAAGUUAUUUUCACUUGCCUGACAUUGAACUGAUUUGCUCUUUUCAAGUCUGUGGUGUCCUGUUCUGCUUGUACCGGACAGCUUGAAAUGCUCUGUUCCAAAUGUGUAAACAUGUUCUCUUCAAUGACUGCCUGCCUCCUGUUGUUAAUGUGGACUGGGAUGUCACCAUGUGGUUUUGUCUGAGACUUUGAGAGGUGAAGAAACUGUGUAGUGGUCUCCACCCUAACCCAGGGUGCAACUUUUUUUUUUUUCUUCACAUUCUGCAUUUUGUAACACAUCUUCUCAACCCCCGACUGACUAGGUGAUGACCCAAAUUGUCAUUAUAGUUCAGUUUGCCUGCUUUCUUUUCAAUAUGUCUCCCCUUGGCACAGCAACGGCCAUGUUUUGCCUUUUCCACAGUAGAUGUCCUGUAGUAGGUGCUGUGUUUUCUUCCAGUCACAUUUUCCCCUCCCUGAUUCCUCAUCUACCUGGAGGUCUUCCUGUCUCCCCUCUGCAUCCAGCAUCAGCAUAUACUGCUCUUUAGAAUACACAAUGGUAAAAGUUUAAAGUCGGUAACAGAGUAGGAUAAAGGUCAUUGAACCAUUCGCCCUAAGAUCCACCUCCCUGGAGAUUCCAGUGACUCACUUCAACCAACUACAGUAUGUGCUGUGACUCUCUUGGCAAACUGGAUACACGACCUUUUGACAAGAGGGCCCAGGCUCAGCUGCCAGCCCCACUGCCCCAUACCCUGUAAAAGUUCAUGCCUUAUAUGGAUUACAACACUGUGUUCUUGGCCAAGGACUUUCAGAGUCAUCUAAGUGGUCGCUGGAGUCGGCACCCAUGCUCCUUGCUUCCCCUAGAGGUGGUCUUCUGUGGGGACCAGGUAGCCCCCUUUACUUUGCCCUCAGUUAUUCGAGUCUUGUUGGUGCCCUCACUUGACCAUGACUACUGACUCAUCGUCUCUAUCUCCUUCAUACAAUUAUAUGUGUGCACUGGAUGACUGUCUGUGCGUGUGUGCUACUGUGGGCCCUCAUCCCUGUGUGGGUGGAGGUCCGAGGUUGGCUCUGGGUGUGUUGCUCUAUUGCUCUCCAUCCUGUGUUCUGAGACAGUUGUCUUGUAGGAUCCUAGAACUCACCAGUGUGGCUCGAUCAGGUAGGUAGCCAGCCCCAGGAAUCGUCUUCUCUCUGUCUAUCAGCCCUAGGAUUGUGGGAGUGUCCCGCCAGGCUGGCUACCUUUUGAGUGAGUGCUCAGGGAUCCAACCUCAGAAGUUCUUGCCCUUGUGCCAGACACUUUACCAGCCCCUUGCUCCCCAGCCCGGAGCUUAAACUUUUAAUUAAUUGCAUUCU